AUGAUGAGUUUGCCUCUUAUCGCUGUGGCGCGCCCACAGGGUGCCCUUCUAGUGCAUUUAAUCACAUUCAAUGGUUCACCAUUUAUGGACCACUGGGCGUACUGGAUUGCUCAAGGCAUAGACAUAGAUAUAGGGUUUGUUAUUCAUGCGACUGGCGAUGUUCGAAAUGGGUUCCAACUGGAAAUAAAGCGUUCUCAUGACCUCAGCGCUCCUGGCAACGAGCCGACAACAAAGACGCCGCUGCAGUGGAUAGACCAGAAGUACGUUGACGAAGGAGCGAUGCUGAACAAUGGAAUCCCGAUUAUGGACUACUCGCCUGUAGGCGGAAUUGAAAAGAGUCUUUUCCAAGUUAAGGCUCCUGGAAAGACGUUGAAUUCAGUUGAAGAUACGAUAUGCAGCGAAAAGACCUAUCGGGGUGUCGCGGGGAAGCGCCUCGCGAUGCUAAUGCAGAUCAACCCAGUUUCUCAGCGGCGCCUCUCGGGCAGACAACAGGAAUCUUACUUUCUGGCCCGACAAAGGAUAAAUAGAAUGGCAGUCAUUGCUCCCUCCAGCUUUGCGCAGUCGUAUGCACAAAACUUUGUCAUUAAGACACUGCGCUCAAUCAAUAUCGGGCGCUUGGUUUUCAUUCUGCGGUAUAAUAAUAAUGAGAAGAUUACGAGCGGUAGUACCGAUGCUGCCACUGGGCCUGAGGCUGUUAUCUUCGUGAAUAAUCCUCGUUUCUGGACUCGCAUUUUGAUUGCCUUUGACCUGGGAUUUUCCGAAGCCUACAUGUUGCAGGACAUCGACUGCGAUGACCUCGGCCCCGUGUUUGAUAUUUACCUAUUAAAUAAAGAUCAAUUAGGGUUUGGAAACCCGUUUUUAGUAUUCGCUCAAAAAACGCUUCGGCUUUUUAUCAAGCCUACAAACAGUGUGGAACAGGCCCGAUUGAAUGCCUCGGCACACUACGAUACCUCCAACAAAUUAUUUGCCAGCUUCCUAUCUCCAGAUAUGAAUUACAGCUGUGCACACUGGUCUGCCGAUCCAAGUGAAACUCUGCAAUCCGCCCAGGAGCGAAAGGUUGAUACUCUGCUGAGAAGAUUAGACCUCUCUCCAGGGCACCAUUUACUCGAGAUCGGCUGUGGAUGGGGCGAUGUCAUAAUCAGUGCUGCCCAAAAAUACGGCUGUAAGGUGACUGGACUCACACUUGCGAAAGAGCAGAAGCAGCUGGCAGAUCAGAGAAUUAAGGAGGCCGGGUUGCAGGAUCGAGUUUCCGUUCUGUUGUGUGAUUACAGGAGAGCUCCCAUGCCGGAAAAAGGGUACGAUCGAAUUAUCUCGAUUGGGAUGUUCGAACACGUUGGAAAGAAGUAUUUCAAUGAAUAUUUUGGAACGAUAUCACGCCUACUGCAUCCAAAGACGGGACUAAUGGUUAUCGACGGGAUUACCAUGACGGAGAAGAUGUAUAACAACAAAUCUCCAGUGGAUACAUUCAUCGACCGCUACAUCUUCCCCGGCGGAUAUCUCCCUUCUAUCAACCUGCUAACGCAAUCCCUCCAUGAGGGAUCUAAGGGAGCUCUCGAAAUCACGUAUACAAAAGACAUCGGGCCGCAUUACGGAAAGACAUUACUAGCUUGGAAAGAGAAAUUCGAGCAUAACUGGAAAAAUAUCAGAGAAGAUUAUGUGGCAACACAUGAUAAUGCAUCCGAAGAGGACAUUGAAGCGUUUCGACGAAUGUGGAUUUUCUACUUUGUGUAUUGUGAAGCUGGGUUUCGUUCACGUAUUUUAGGUAAUUAUAUUAUCUGCGCAGCGAGGACACCGGAGCAGACUAUGUCUUAUGAAAGUGCAAGCUUUGAGAACAUGUUGAAGUAA